GCCUGUCGUGCCGUUACCCAUGCCAUGGUGGUGAAUUCUUCCAUUCACGCCUUGGCGACUCAGGUGGAGAUGAGCUCGAGGCAGGCGCGAGCUGCCGAAGAGGCUCGUCGUGCGGCCGAGGAAGCCGCUCGUGCUACUGAAGAGGCUGCUCGUGCUGCUGAAGAGACUGCUCGUGCUGUUGAAGAGACUGCUCGUUUUUCCCGGAUCAGGCAGGCGAGGUCUCAGAGAGACGCCGAGGCCAUGGGAGUGGUGGUGAAGCACAUGUGCAUAGAUGGGCUCACACUGAAAGACACCAUCGCUGCCAGUAUUUCAAGGGGAAAUCUGGUUUUCGGGGUGACGAACGAUGCAAACGGAACAUCGUCGGUGACAAUGUUCGCUAAUCCAUUCUGGACUGAGGUGGCGGUACUAUCCAAUCGAUUGAUGAUGAACGUGAAGCGGAUGCAGAAGCUGGUUGGGGUCCGUUUAGGAGUGGGUUGGUAA